UUGAAAUCGAGCAUUUUGCCGCGGUAUCCGGUUCCUGCGAGGGUGUGCGUGCUCGACCGGUCGGUACGUCGAAAUUCUCUAUUUUGCGCGCAGCUGCGGUCAGCGCCGCGCGAAGCGUCAAGCGGGAGAAAGUGGAACCAUCGAGUCCAGUCGUCAGGCGAGCGGGUGCGCCGACUUCGGAACGCACCUGACAACGGGUAACUCGAUUUCCGAGCGGUCGCGCGCCGUCGUUCUCGGCUCUCGUCUCGCAGUCCGGUCGGUCCAGGUCGCUGCCUCGGCGAAAGGGUCUCGGAGCAUUCGACGCGUCCCCGGUCGUCGAGGAUCCUCAGGGACGUCAGGGGUUCGCCGGGCCGCGUAUCGGCGGGCAGAGCGAGUGCAGCGCCGCCGUUUCGGGCGUUUGCCGCAUCGUCUCGCCCCGAGCUCGACCGCGUCGCCAUCUUGAAAAAUUGAAGUGUGUAAUGUCUGUAUGUGGUAAUAGGUGGGGGACGGUUGUUAAUGUGGUGCAUUUCGAUCGGAAAAUCUGUCACAAAUGGGUGUAGAAGGAGAGGGUGCAUCACCGCAACGUCGGAGGGUUUGAGGCAGUGAAUCUGGCUGGCCUACAAUGUCCGCUAGCAUGCGGAGCACCCUGCAAACCGUUCCCGAAUCCGUGCCGGCCGACCACGUCACAAACUCCAAAGUGGGUCCCGACGAGACGCGCGGUAUAUCGAAAGCAAGGCUCUAGAGGUCCGACCGGGUCGGACGUCGAGCAGCCGAAGCCAUUUGAUCAUCGGAAACCAAUCUAGAGCCACGGAGGGACGAAAGCCCUGAGUCGCGAACCGUGAAGGCCGAAAAGCUCGACGCAUCGAACUCCGGCCGACCGGACGACUCAGCUGGAACCUCGAGUCGAGGGAACAACGAUAAGCGGACGGAACUCGGGAAUAUUUGAACCAUCUUUCGGAGUCUGGAGAACGCGGGAGAGAGCUCGAGUCAUCGACUUUACGAGGAAAGACUCCAGAGCUUGGAAACUUCGAUUCUUGGGAACUAGGGAUCGAAGAAGCCUAUCUUGGUUCCCGGAAGGAGGGCGGACCGGAGGCGCCGAGGUGAACAUCCAGGCGUUGGAAACACGUGGAACGAUCGAAUUGGAUGAAGGAACGAGUCCUAUGCUCGAGAAGAUACAACAAGAAGGUUGCGGCCCAGAAAAGAUCGUAUCUAGGAGAGGCGAUAGUCCGGUGGAAGGUUCUCGGCAUGAUCUGGCCGCGCAACAACGGAAUAGAGCAAAUAAAGGCCUAGUCCAGCCAGGAGGUGCACGUCCUUGGCGCGGCCCAAAGAUCGCGUCUAAAAGCUCUUACGGUGAACUUCCGUCUUGCCUCGUAGACUCUAGUCAGGACGUCGACUCCAGUCCCAACUUGGACCGACGACUAAAGCCUCUUUGGCUUCUUCGGCCGUGACUCGCGGGACGAGUCCGGCUUGAUUCAUCGGCCAACCUCCGAGGGGUCGGCAUAAGAGUCACCCCGAAGCGGCAUUACAAAGGACCGAGAAUAGCGCCCAACGUAGACACCGUGGCUACCCUGUACGUCAUGGAGUCCGGGGGCCACAAAGUGGCCCCCGCGCCCACCAGAGUCAGGAAGGUCGACUACAAGGGGAUGACCGACGCCGGGGGCGGCGGGGGCGGAGGUGGCGGCGGGACGCAUAUUGCAGCCACCGUGAAGAACACCGUUCGCAGACUUCUAAGGCGAACCAAGAGCCAUCGCGACGCCCCGGUCGCCAACGGAACCACCACCACGACCACGACCAAGACUACCGCCGCCGCGACCAACAUCAGGAACUCCGCCAAUGCCGCCGUCGUGGCGAACGAUGUCAGGAGGUCGCAACCCCCGCCGCCCCCGCCGCCCUCGCAGAACCAGAACAUCAUGGGAACUCGCGUCAGCAGGCGUCACUCCAGAAUCCGGACUCGACUGCAG